UGAAUGCAGUUGCGGAAAGAGCGAUGCUAGCGCGAGUUAUUUUGUUUACGAGAUUAUAUCAGUAUCCGAGUAUUAUCCCAUGAUGCAACACGGUAGAAAUUAUCUAUAAAUGUACUUUUUAAUAUCUAAACGGCUGUCUGAUAUCACAAAAGUAGACGAUGUACCAAAUUCUGAAUUUACGUUCGUGCACAACCAAACGAAUGACACCAAAUAUUUAUGUUUCGUAGCAUUCCAGGCAUUGUAGGCAUAGUAGUUUCCUCGCGCUUGUGUUCUGCGCUCAGUAAAACAUGUUGCAAUUAGACCAUCGACCACAGGGUGGCAAAGUGUCAAACAACCCCCCAGAUACGGUUUCCACAGCCACACAGUCAAAAUGUGCUAUAUCGUAAAAAUGUUGGUCUUCAUUUAAGGUUAGGCAAAAGGUUAGCAGUGUGGUUAAGGUUAGGGUUAAGGUUACGUUUAAAAUCGAAUUUAAAGAAGGUAAUUUUAGAAAAAGGUGGGGUUUAGCCAUAAUUAUGACUUUGUGGAUGUGGAAUCUAGUGACGACCCCAGAUAUGGGGAAGAUGACCCAUACCCCGGUGGGUGAGACAAAGUAGCCUACUACUUCAUCCACAACAUGACAGAGUAGUAGGCUAAGCUACAGUAAUAGCAAGUGGGGAAAAAGUUUUUCUUAGCAGUAAGUGUUACAUGUAUUUAUGCAUAAGCCAUGCACAUCACUCACUUGAAGUUUUUGUAGGUAGGCCUAUAUAGCUAGGCUACAAGUAGGAUACACCUAAGUUGUUCACCACAUCCACCAAUGCAUUAGACUACGUACAACCAUUUGGCUAAUUGUUAUCAUGAAGAUUCAAGCUCCUUAUCCAGACUUAAUAGAUGAACACUUAAGUUCUCAACUAUCCAACCUUCAUCAGGUGGGUGCACUCAUUAGCCUAAGUAGCGUUUAUUUAUUUUUUACUCGCGAGAUGUUAUGAUUACGUAUUUGUACAAAAUAAUAACAAGGGGUUGCCUAUUUUUGUAAAAAAAUAUGUAUAUACUGUUUACAAUGUCAAAUACGUUUCUGUAUCAGUUUAAUUUUGUAUGAUUUAAAUUUGAUGAAUUAAAUAAGUUCAAUUGGUCAGGCGUUGCCGUUUAUUCAUUAAAGAUGGAAAUGUAUGACCUAUCCACUCUGCACCACUGUCCUUGCUUUUUAUCAUAAAGUAAAUUCAGACAAUUACUGAACAGAAGUUUGUUAAAAAAUGAUCAGGGAAAGUGGGCCAAUAAGCAACGUUGGGGACAGUUCCACAUGAAAACCCCUACUUAUAAUUGUCAGUCACUCAAUGCUGUUGCCAGCUAUAACUUUUGAAAAUGAUCGCACUGCAUCAGAGGCGUGAAUUUAGUGCCAGGUCAUGCGUACAAAACUCCAUUCCUGAAUUUGCAACUCGCCUCAAGAAGAUUCAUUUCUGAGUGCGUUGCCCAUUUGUGUGCUCAUUGUUAGCAGCAGCAAGCAGGCAGGGUGGCGUGUGCCUUCAUGAAAAGGCACUCAAAGAAACAUUACCACAAUAACUACAUUUGGAAACCGACGAAGGCAUUUACUAUUAUUUUCUCGCUAAAAUAGUGUUUUAUAUUCAUUUGAUAAUGUCGGUGGGCAUCGAGUCGGGAUUCUCAAGUGAGGAGGUUCUGAACGUUCGCUUCCCACUCCACCGGGCGUGCAGGGAUGGAGAUAUCGGUGCGUUGUGCUCACUUCUUCAGUGCACCUCAAACCCUGCGGACCUAGCGGUGGAGGACUCUUUCUACGGCUGGACACCCAUACAUUGGGCUGCUCAUUUCGGAAAGUUGGAGUGUGUGACGCGUCUGGUGCAGGUGGGCUGUGGGGUCAACUCGGUGACCACGAGGUUUGCUCAGACGCCCACUCACAUCGCUGCAUUUGGGGGCCACCCAGAGUGCCUGCUGUGGCUGCUGCAAGCUGGCGCUGACAUCAACAGACAGGACUAUGUUGGUGAGACUCCCAUCCAUAAGGCUGCCCGUGCAGACAGUCUGGACUGUGUCAACGCUCUCCUGAUUCAGGGGGCGAAAGCUGAUAUGAGGAACGCUAGUGGGCUGUCCGCUGCUGACCUGGCCCAUGCGCAGGGGUUUCGCGAGUGUGCCGAGAUACUAUCCAAUGCCCAGAACCUGCAGCGGUACCAGAACCUAACCCAGACCCAGCUUAAUGGCUUCGGUCUGAACGGUGCCGCCCAGAACGGAGGCCACUCCCACCCUCUCAUCCAAGGGCGGAGCCUCCUUAACGGGGCGCCAAAUAGAAAGAGGUUGUUUGAUAACAUGGAAGACACUCAAAUCAAGAAGGCCAGAACUGAAGGUCUGUGCCUGCCGCUGGGGAUGCUGAACGGGAAUGGGUCGGUCUGCGGUGUCGGAGAGGUACUGAUGGAGAGCAUGCACCAGGAGAGCAUGGAGUCAGCACCGUCGGCAGUGAGCUCAGGUGGGCCAGGACCCUUUGCGUUUGGGAUGAAUGGGUCUGCGCCGGUGCCAGACCUGGUGGACCAGGGGGGAGUGGAGGUGUCCACCCCGGCCCCUAAGGAGCAAGAGAUCUUCACUGUGGCAUCCAUGCAGAUCCCUUGUCGCUGCACUAACUCCUACGCCUACCUGUAGAGGCCUUAGAGAGUGUGUUGAGAAAGAGUGUUGACUCUCCUAGUGGUUGUAUCUUGGUAGGAUGUCCGUCAGGCCCUCUCUGGCCAUGUUUUCCCAUGGAUGGCACUACUUUUUUUGGCAUGGUAUUGUUGGGUUUUUGGCAUGGUAAUGUUAAACUCUUGCGGGAGCGGUUCUAAAAAUAUGGGUGUAAGUAACUGGUAUUGUACACAUUGCACAUACAUGUUAUGAAAAACAUUGCCUUGCUACCAUACUCAAUCACUAGAGAAACACAAGUUUUAUGUUUUGUUGUUUUACUGGUAGCUUUGAAUGAUCCACAAAAUUCUUCUUAAAUCAUCUCAAGUGUUUUUGGCAAAGCCCCUUAGGAUGAGUGAAUUCUGUUUUGCACAAUUAUCCUUCCACCGCCCUACAUUGCACAAUGUUAACUGUAAUAACGUUGUCAAAUGAUAAUCUACAUUUCUUUAAUGUAGAAACGCCAACACCUUGGGAACAAUGUACUGAAACAAGCCUCACUCAGUUUAUGGAGAAGAUUAGGGAGAAAGUUGACUUCAAGACUUUGAGGCUGCACUGACGUUUCCCUCUGCAUCAUGAAUAUGCAAUGACAGAAUUCUGACCUUUAUGAUGAUGAGUUAGACGUCCAGUGAUGUGUUUACUGAGUACUGUAUUUAGUGGUGCCAUUGUUGUGAUGCCGCUUCGACCAAUAAUGGUCAAAAGACAGAAUGUGUCCAUCUCGUGUCUGAAUGAAGAGACAACUAGAGAAUGUUCCUGCCCUCAGAGUAAUAAGAUAAACAUAUUUUAUGUUUUAUUUGUUAACUAUAAAGCUUUUUUGUUGUUUUUUAUACAAGAACUCUUAUGCCAAAGCAUAUCUUUACAUGUAUGUAUAAAUUACAUAAAGCUUUGCUAUGCAGCUUUUCUAUAUUAUGUGAGCUUUUAGGGAUUUCCAAGGUGCUAUUUGAACUGACACUGUCCUGUUAGCUAGCAGACUGUAGACUUUGGUUUGGCUAGGCACGUCUAGUGCCCCCUCUCCUUCUGCUUUUCUAGGAGAGGACUUUGUACGCUUUUCUGUAUAGCCUAGUACCUAUUGUCUGGUGUUGAAAAUGGUGUGAGUUUAUAUUGACUGUUUUUCUAAGUGUCGGCUUGUUUUGUUGAAUUAUAAUGUACUAUUGCUUUGCUAACUGCACUAAUGACAAAAGUUAGAUGUUGAAUUGUUGAUCUAUGAUAAAUGAGUGUGAUUAGUAGUGCUACAAUUUUCACGAAGCAAGGGGAAGCUACUCUUUCCUAAGGCUGGAAACCGUUUUUGGAGAAAAUAAAAAAGGAACCUUCGUAAAUGUAUUGGUCACAAACUUAAAAUCCCUCCUCAUCUGCUUCAUACAUGAAGGACAAUUGUUCUGUCAAACAAUCUGCGCUGCACUACUAUUCAGUCUGUACAGAAUUACAAAUGUUAACGAGUAGGAUCGCAUUUAUUAGAGCUUCUGACGCUCAGUGCUGAUUAGUUUUGUAUACUUUAAACUCAUUAAAUGUUCAUUCCUUUGAAUAACAUGA